AUGGACCAGAUUGCUGCCCAGAUCAACGACCUCUUGGAAUUCCCCAUUGACUUUGAAGGCCAGAAGAAGGUUGACCGUAUUAUCACUCUUUUCGUCCCUGUCUCGGCCAUUGUCUCUGUGAUUGCCGGUUUCCUUACCCAGAGUUUGUUUCUGUUAGUUGUGACGUUUGCCUUGACUGUUCUCGUCACCUUGGUACUUGUCUUGCCCCCUUGGCCUCAAUAUAAGCAGAACCCUGUCAAUUCUGAUGAUUUGUUUUUGGGUUUCGACUUGUCGACCCAGCAGCUUAAGGUGAUUGUCACCGACGCUGACUUGAAUGCUCGUAAAACCUACGCUGUGGGCUUUGACGACUACUUUAAGGAUAAAUAUGGUGUUAACAAAGGUGUUUUGACGGAUGAGAAUGCUGGGGAGAUCUUAUCGCCAGUGAAGAUGUGGUUGGAGGCUGUUGAUACCGCGUUUGGCCUCAUGAAGAAGGACAACUUUCCUUUCCAGCAGGUUAAGGGAAUGAGUGGGUCAGGUAUGCAGCAUGGAUCUGUUUACUGGUCUAGCUCUGCUAGUGAUGCGCUUGAAAAUUUGGGAAAUGCUUCUUCCUUGCUUGAAGGUCUAGAUGGUGCUUUGGCCUGGGAAACAUCGCCCAAUUGGCAGGAUCAUUCUACUGGUCAAGAAAUCAAGGAUUUCGAGAAAGUAACAGGUGGUCCUGACAAUCUUGCUGAGAGAACUGGCUCCAGAGCUCAUCAUAGAUUCACUGGCUUGCAGAUCCGUAAGUUAGCUGUUAGAAAGGCACCAGAAGUUUACCAGAAAACAAGCAGAAUUUCUUUGGUUUCGAGCUUUUUGGCUUCCGUACUUUUGGGUAAGAUUGCCCCCAUUGAGCAUGCUGACGCAUGUGGAAUGAAUAUUUAUAACAUUGCCGAUGGCAAAUAUGAUGAGGAGUUGACUUCCGUUGCCGCUGGUGUUCAUCCUUCGUUGGAUGGUGCUUCGAAAGAAGACACAGCCAACGGUGUUAGGGAACUUAAGGAUAAGUUGGGUCCAAUCGACGAAAUCACAUACGAUGCAUUGGGUACUGUUUGCCCAUACUUCAUCAAAAAGUAUGGUUUCAGCGAAGAUGCAAAAAUCUAUUCUUUCACUGGUGACAACUUGGCUACUAUCAUCUCCUUACCUGUUGAACAGAACGAUGUGAUGAUGUCCCUUGGAACCUCAACUACGGUCCUUUUGGUCACUGAACAAUUCAAUCCAUCCUCCCAAUAUCACUUGUUCAAACAUCCUACGAUAAAGAAUGCUUAUAUGGGUAUGAUUUGUUAUUCAAAUGGUGCAUUGGCCAGAGAAUACGUGAGAAAUGAUGUGAAUGAAAAGUACAAGCUAGGACGUGACUCCUGGGACAAAUUUGAUGAGAUUCUUGAUGCCAGUGAAAAAUUCGAUAACAGGCUCGGUAUCUAUUUCCCAAUUGGUGAAAUUGUGCCCAAUGCUGCUUCUCAAUUUAAGCGUUGUAAGUUGGAGCAGAAUGGUAAAAUCGAAGAAGUCCAAGAAUGGGAGUGUGAAGAAGAUGUCACGUCCAUUGUUGAAUCACAAACAAUCUCUUGUCGUUUGAGAGCUGGCCCCAUGUUGAGUGGCUCUGCAAGUGCAUCUACAGACACGCCUGACAUUGAAGAUAAAGGCUUGAAGGGUCUCUACCACAAGUUGCACACCGAUUUUGGUGACAUUUACACUGACGGUAAGAAACAGACUUUCAGCUCGCUUACGGCAAAACCACACAAGCUUUUCUUCGUCGGCGGUGCUUCUAAAAACACUAGCAUUAUCCGUAAGAUGGCCUCUAUUAUGGGAGCCACAGCAGGCAAUUUCCAGGUCGAAAUUCCUAAUGCUUGUGCUCUUGGUGGAGCUUAUAAAGCCAGUUGGAGUUAUGCAUGCGAACAGAGCAAAAAGUGGAUAGACUACAAUGAGUAUCUCAGCAAAAACUUCAACUUCAAUGAGGUUGACAACUUGGAUGUCAAGAGCCAAUGGGAGAACUAUUUCCCUGCUAUGGGCCUUUUGGCAAAGAUGGAGCAGAGCCUUAAACACGAUUAG